CCGGCGGCGUCGCGGGCGGCGGGCGGCGGGCGGCGGCGGGAGGGGCGCGGGGGCAGACAAAGCCGCGGCUAAUGAAUGGGAGCGCGUCCGCCCCGCGCUGCGCGUCGUCGGCCGCCGGCCGGGAGCCGCGCCGGCCCGAGCCCCGCGCGCGAGAUCCCCGGGCACCAAGCAGAGCGACAUGCAGCGCCCACUGCAGCGAUGACGGCCAGCACCAGUGCGUGGCUUCCUGUGGGUGGGCCCCGGCUCCUCCAGCUUCUGAACCUCUGCUCUGACCUCAUCAGGGUGACGGGUUGCUGACAGUGUCCGAGGCUCAUCAUGCGCUCGCCAGGACACCAGCCAGCCGCAGCUUGAGGAGCAGCCCCGUGGGCGUAGCCGUGUCUGCACUGGAGUGGGCCACAGAGCUCCCAGACAGGCCGUGCCUGUGAUGAGAUGCCAGGGUGUCACUGGUGCCGGCGGGCAGUGAGACGUGUGAAUGGCCGGAUUCGUAAACACCCCGAGAGAUAGAGCUGUUUGCAAAAACUGAAGCCCCUGCACGUCUGGACCCGUUUAGGAGAUGGCCACGAAGUAGAGUAGUUAUGGUCAGCCAUGGAGAGUGACCCAGAAACUGGUCCCAGAGAGGGUUGUGGCUUUCUGUCUGAUAAGAUCAGUUUUAAAGUCGAAGAGGAAGAUGAUGACGGGGUUCCUGAUCCUAGUCUCGGGGGAGGCUUUAAGCAGGAACCGGAAGGCAGGGGCCAGGUCGAUAGUGGCGAUGAGCAGCUUGAGGCCCAGGGCCCCAGCCAGAGCUGCGCGACCCGAGGGAAGCGCUCAUGCCCCGACAGCGAGGACGACUGCGGGGCCCUGUUCUCGCAGUACAGCAGCACCCUGUACGACGUGGCCAUGGAGGCCGUGGCCCAGAGCCUGCUCUCGGGCCGCAGCGCCAGCUCCAGGAAGAAAUCGCCAGCCUGGAAGCACUUCUUCAUCUCCCCCCGGGACAGCACGAAAGCCAUCUGCAUGUACUGCAUGAAGGAGUUCAGCCGGGGCAAGAACGAGAAGGACCUGAGCACCAGCUGCCUCAUGAGGCACGUGAGGCGUGCGCACCCCACCGUGCUCAUCCCGGAGAACGGGAGCAUGGUAGCCCUGGCCUCCUUCUCAGCCCCCUCGCUGCUGCUCCCGCCACAGCCCUCCGAUGGCGGCGACCUGAGCCCCAUCCUCUCUCCUGUCAAGCUUGCCCCCCAGAUGGCAUCCAAGAUCCCAUCCCCUGACCAGAUAGUGGAGGAGACCGUGUCUGUGGUCUCUCCUGACGAUGUCUCCUCUGACAUGCCCCUCUCUGACAAGUGUGGCCGGGAAGAAGCCCUGGGGGGGCCUUCUGCCCCCCUCCCCACGCUCCAUUAUGAAGAUGCACUGGAGAACGGGGCCGAGAGGAGCCUCCCCGUCCCUAAGAGUGCGGCGGGCUCUCGGAGGCGCUCCGCUGUGUGGAAGCACUUCUACCUGUCCCCCCUGGACAGCUCCAAGGCCGUGUGCAUCCACUGUAUGAACGAGUUCAGCCGUGGCAAGAACGGCAAGGACCUGGGCACCAGCUGCCUCAUCCGCCACAUGUGGCGCGCCCACCGCUCCAUCGUGCUGCAGGAGAACGGGGGCGGCCCCGGCAUCCCGCCCCUGCACUCCACGCCCCCCACGCUGCUGCCCACCCUGCCGCCCCCCGACACAGAGCCCAGCUCUGUGGCAUCCUCCCCAGGGAAGCUAAUCCCAGAAUCCCUGUCUGCGUCAUCCUCCCCUGACCGGCUGCCCGAGGACCUGCAGUCGAACCUGAACCCCGGAGAGGUGCUGCUGGAGGACGUGGUGGACGGGGUAGGGGAGACUGCACUGCUGUCAUCCCCAGAGAAGCAGCGGGGGGUCGGCCUGAGCCCUCGGCUGCCUGAGUCGGGCGCCGUGUUCCAGCAGAACAAGCGGGUCAUGAAGAGGCUCAAGUCCGAGGUCUGGCAUCACUUCUCACUGGCACCCAUGGACAGUCUCAAGGCCGUGUGCAGGUACUGCAGCUGCAUUAUCAGUCGGGGGAAGAAGGGGGACGUGGGCACCAGCUGUCUGAUGAGACACUUGUACAGGCGUCACCCUCAAGUUGUCGGGAACCAGAAGGGUUUUCUAGGGGCCAAUCUGGCCAAUUCUCCGUAUGCUACUUUGGCAUCGGCAGAAAGUUCCUCCAAAUUAACUGCCUUGCCAACAGUGGUCACAAAAAAUAAUCAGGUUGUGUUUCCUGUCAACAGCAAAAAGACCUCAAAGUUGUGGAAUCAUUUCUCCAUCUGCUCCGCAGACCCCACUAAAGUGGUGUGCUUGCACUGUGGCCGGACCAUCAGCAGGGGCAAGAAGCCGACCAACCUGGGCACCAGCUGUCUCCUGAGACACUUACAGAGGUUCCACGGCAGCGUGCUGAAGCCCGACGUCCCUGCGACCGCCCGGCCCUCUUCUCCUGUGCUCCCCGGCCCCCUGAGCACUGAAGGGCCAGGAGCUUCCUCCUUCAACACCGCCACCACCACUGAAAAGUUUUAUGAUUCUCACCCAGUUGCCAAAAAGAUCACGAGUCUCGUGGCCGAAAUGAUUGCCCUUGACCUCCAGCCCUACUCUCUCGUAGACAACGUCGGCUUCAGCAGGCUGCUUGGGUACUUGAACCCGCAGUACUCCUUGCCCUCCCCUGCCUACUUCUCCAGAACCGCCAUCCCCGGCAUGUAUGACAGCGUGAAGCAGAUCGUCAUGGCCCGUCUGAAGGAGGCCGAGAGCGGUGUGGUUCAUUUCACCUCGGGGGUCUGGAUGAGCAGCCAGACCCGGGAGUACCUGACACUCACUGCCCACUGGGUCACCUUUGAGUCCUCCGCCCGGCCCCACUGCGAGGACCACCACGGCUCAGCCCUGCUCGGCGUGUCUCGGGUCGACUGUGACUACAGCGGCAACAGCGUCCAGAAGCAGCUGGAGUGCUGGUGGGAGGCCUGGGUGACAGCCACCGGCCUGCAGAUCGGCAUCACGGUGACCGACAACCCCAGCGUGGGGAAGACACUGAGCGAGAGCGAGCAUGCGAGCGUGCAGUGCUUCAGCCACACCGUCAGCCUCAUUGUCAGCGAGGCCCUCAAGAGCCAGAGGAUGGUGCAGAACCUGCUGAGCAUCGCCCGGAAGAUCUGCGAGCGGGUGCACCGCUCUCCCCGAGCCAAGGAGAAGCUGGCCGAGCUGCAGCGGGAGUACGAGCUGCCCCAGCACCACCUCAUCCAGGACGUGCCCUCCAAGUGGAACACGUCCUUCCGCAUGCUGGAGCGGCUCGUUGAGCAGAAGAGAGCCAUCAACGAGCUGUCGGUCGAGUGCGGCUUCCGAGAGCUCGUCAGCUGCGACCAGUGGGCAGUCAUGCAGUCCGUGUGCCACGCCCUGAAGCCCUUCGACGCGGCCAGCAGGGAGAUGAGUGCCCCCGCCUCCACGCUCAGCCAGGUCAUCCCCAUGAUCCACAUCCUCAGCAGGAAGAUCGAGAUGCUCUUUGAGGAGACCAUGGGCAUUGACACCAUGCUCAAGUCUCUGAAGGAGGCCGUGGUUAGCCGCCUGGCUGCCACCCUGCGCGACCCCAGGUACAUCUUUGCCACGCUGCUCGACCCCCGAUACAAAGCCUCUCUGUUCUCCGAGGAGGAGGCCGAGCAGUACCGGCAGGAUCUAAUCAGGGAACUCGAAAUGCUGAAUUCUACCUCAGACCACAUGCCUAUCCGCAAUGGGCGUGACCCAGGUGCCCCGCCUCAGGGGCCCUCGGGUGAGGAGAGCCUGUGGUCCCUCGUAGCCACGGUGAAAAAGCCGGGCCCGCUGGACAAGGCCCCGUUGCCUGAGGACAUGGUGCUGGCCUACCUGGCGGAGGAGGUGCUGGAGCACAGCUGUGACCCCCUCACCUACUGGAACCUGAAGAGGGUGGCCUGGCCCAGCCUCUCCACGCUGGCCAUCCGCUUUCUGGGCUGCCCCCCGAGCAUCGUCCCUUCGGAAAAGCUCUUUAACACGCCCUCCGAGCACGGUGGCUUCGGCCAGUCCAGGCUCAUGAUGGAACACUUUGAGAAACUCGUCUUUCUGAAAGUAAAUCUUCCCUUAAUAUACUUCCAGUAUUGACUCUCAGAUGGAGCCACCAGACUGGAAGUACCGGUGCUCGGUAGGCACCAGCUGUUUGCCUGUGCGGCUCCAGCCUGGUCACUCAGGUCCACGGGGGCCGCUUGCCCAGCCGCUGCAGCAUCUGCUUGUGCCUUAUUCCUCGUGGCCAGGCCCCCUGGCCUCCCCGAGUGUGCUCGCACACGUCCACUAGAGACGGCCUGUUACAUCCAUUAUGAAAUAUGAUGAUCAGGUUCUGAUUCGUAACUGUCGAGUUUUUUAAAAGUUGAGGGUUAGGGUUUGCUGUACUAGAGUGGCAGAGGAGAUGUAAGCAGUUUUAUUCUGUAGGCUUUUUAUUCCAAUUAUGUAAAACCCUCAAAUCAGGUACUGUAUUUUACUUAAAAUUGCUUUAAUUGCAACCAAACAGCCUUGGCAGCUGUGGAAUGAAAUCUGUAAAUAGGAGGUGGAGUCCAAGCCAUCCUGACUCAGCAGCGUGGAGCUGCAGGCGCCUAGUGUGUCGAGGACAGAAUAUUCCAGAAGGGAACUGUUUACUACUACAGGGACAUGGCAUUCGAAGACAGACCUACAACCACGGUGUGCCCCAGAACGCCCGUUCUGUGGUGAUUCGGUAAAGAGGAUUUCCCCAUUUCCUGUUUUGCAUUCAGGUUUUCCGUGGUCAGUGAACUCAGAGAAUCCCACCCUGGGUAGCGGCCCCUGUGGUGCAGGUUCUCCAGCCAGCAGGGCACGUCACGCAGUCCCAUUCCCCAUGGCCAGUGGCCAAGCCCCUGGCUCUGUGUCUCUCCACUGUGAAGCCAGCUUCUGAGUCGGUGCCCUCGCCCCCAGUUUGAUCACAGCCCUGGAUAGGAAGCUUUCUCCCCGGGGCGGCUGCUUCGGCGGGACGAGGGCAGCACCCUGACCGUCCAAGGGCAGCUGUAGAUGUUGGACUUUUUUUUUUUUUUUUUUUUUUUUUUUUUUUUAACUAGGGAAGAUCCAGCCAUCUUCUGGGAUAGCUUAGAAUCCCAAGGAUAUCAAAAUGAAGUAUCACUUGUCAGAUUCUUUUAACAACAGCCCGUCUUCAGAGUUUCAUCUAGAAACGGGUUUGUUGUCUCAUUUCAAACCAGUUAAAUAUUCCAGGUGAAACGAGUCACUUUUGCCUGUGACCUUUUAGAAAAGUUUUGGUAAAAUGCUGUAUUAUUAAUCUGAACUUGAGUGUAUUUAUAAAUGGUGAACGCAGUUUCUGAAAUUAAACUUUUUAUUUGUCAUUUUCUA